GCAUUGGGGCGCAUAGAGCCACUCGUGGGAGAAAGAGUGAGCAGUGUUUAGAUACCUGAGACCCUGGCUUUUGCUUUGCCUCUGCCUGGGGUCUGCACAUGCUGCUUGCUCCUGCUCCUUCCUAACGAGUGUAUAGAUUGAGCUCUUUGAAAUGUGAGUAUUAUGGGAAGGAUCGCAGUUGCUUUAAAUUAUAGGAGUUGGCAAGUGCCUGGGAGAAGGAGUGGGAGGCUGUUUAAACUGAGGAAGACAGUUGGAAACGCUGUACACCAGCAUGAGCGCCACGCUUCAAACGCCUUCCCCUGCUCAGAAGAGCACUUUAUUUUUCACCAAGUCGUUUUGGGGGUUGUUUUGGAGCAGCUCCGAGUAAUCAGCAUAUUUCUGCUUUGCAUUUUUUUAAUGGUUUCUAAAUUCAUGGGACAACCAACGCAAGAAAUCCUCAUGUUCGGGGGGAAAAUUUGAUACCAGCAAUGCCCAGAAGAGAGCCAAAGAUGUUUGUCUUGCUCUAUGUCACAAGUUUUGCCAUCUGUGCAAGUGGACAACCUCGGGGCAAUCAGGUCAAAGGAGACAGCUACUCCCCAAGAUACAUCUGCAGCAUCCCUGGCUUACCUGGGCCACCAGGCCCCCCUGGAGCCAACGGAUCCCCGGGGCCCCACGGUCGCAUCGGCCUUCCAGGAAGAGAUGGUAGAGACGGCCGGAAAGGAGAGAAAGGUGAAAAGGGCACAGCAGGUCUGAGAGGUAAGACGGGACCCCUGGGUCUUGCUGGCGAAAAAGGGGACCAAGGAGAGACUGGGAAGAAAGGACCCAUGGGACCAGAGGGAGAGAAAGGAGAAGUAGGUCCAGUUGGGCCUCCUGGACCAAAGGGAGACCGAGGAGACCAAGGGGACCCAGGGCUCCCUGGAGUGUGCAGAUGUGGCAGCCUCGUGCUCAAAUCCGCCUUUUCUGUUGGCAUCACCACCAGCUACCCUGAAGAAAGAAUACCUAUUAUAUUUAACAAGGUGCUCUUCAAUGAGGGUGAGCACUACAACCCUGCGACAGGAAAGUUCAUCUGCGCUUUCCCAGGAAUCUACUACUUUUCUUAUGAUAUCACUUUGGCCAAUAAGCACCUGGCAAUCGGGCUGGUGCACAAUGGGCAAUUCCGGAUAAAGACCUUCGAUGCCAACACAGGGAACCAUGACGUGGCUUCAGGGUCCACCGUCAUCUACCUGCAGCCAGAAGAUGAAGUCUGGCUGGAGAUCUUCUUCACAGACCAGAAUGGCCUCUUCUCAGACCCAGGCUGGGCAGACAGCUUAUUCUCUGGAUUUCUCCUGUACGUUGACACGGAUUACCUGGAUUCCAUAUCAGAAGAUGACGAACUGUGACCCCGACUGCAGACCUGAAAGUUUCCAGGUCACCACGGCUGAUGCUUCAAUCUCAUCUGGGUUACUGGAAGGUGGAAGGAGCAGGAAAGAGUUCCAAAGAACUCCUACUCAGAUUCCAGAGCAUCUGCAGACAGUUCUGGAGGAAUUUAUCAAAACAAGAUAAACCACCACGCAGCUAAAACCACACCAACAUGAGCUGUCCACAAUAACUCCAGAUAUGGAUUCUCUUGAAAGUCAUGUCUAUGGGGCUGGGGAUAUAGCUCAGUUGGUAGAGUGCUUGCCUUGCAUGCACAAGGCCCUGGAUUCAGUCCCCAGCGUCACCAAAAAAAAAAAAAAAAAAAGUAAUGUUCAUAAAUAUUUAAACAAAUUAAAGACAAUAUUGACAAAACUUUUAUUAAAUGUCCAUUGUGAUAAAGUCAGCUGGAUGAUAUUGUCUCAUUAAAUAUUCAUAAAAUUACAGUUUUGUCUGUUAUUUAAGAGAAACAUAACAUCCCAGACAGGGUGUGAGAGUUCUCAAAAGCUAUAAUAGGUCAUACAACAAAGGUAAGAGACGCUGAGCAUUUUCAAGCAAACUAAAGUGAUAAAUUUCUUUUGUUUUAUUGUUUAGUUCUUUGUGUUGGUGUACAUUCACACAACAGCUCCUUGGUGAGCCCCUGUGUGUGGACCAGACACCAUGGCGCCAAGUCAGGUGGAAUACAGCCUGACCUCCAUAGAGGCUAGAUAGAGUGCAGGGAGCACACUUGUCACAACUCUGUUUUGGGCACUGUGGAAAAUAGAUGGGUUCAAUGCUAGAGCUACACAAGACUGCUUUUCCCAGGAUUGGGGACCAGAGGAGAUUUUACAUGUGGGAAGAGAGUGGGCAUACCAAGGUGUAUUUAAGUGGGUGAAAUGGAUGCAGAGAAAAUGAGGACGUCAGCACCACUUACUCCCUGUUCCCUCAAAACAUGGUAUUUUCAACUGGGAAGGAGUGAAAAUCCUAGAGAGGGAAUAGAGGCCUGGGAGGGGUAAUGGAAAUGAAGAUGGAAAUGGAGAGAAACAGCCAGUAGGUCAUUCUCCCAAACCUUUCAACAUGAUGGUCUCCUAAAUCAAACUUCUAACCUGAUAGCAUUCUCACAAAUAAGGCCACUGCUUUAUAUCACUCUAGCACGUGAUUUCUUGUGGAUUUCCUAAAUCCUGAAUUCCAAGGAGGCAAAGCAUGUGUCCACUGAUCCAUGAGUGCUAGCUGAUCCACAAGUGAGCCAAUCAGAGAAUGAACAGGAGGAGGCAGGAGAGAGAUCAAACAGAUAAAUAGCUGUCUCCUCCAAGCCCCCAGGUCCCACUUCUUAUUGCCCUUUGAACUGCAAUCUGUCAGUUAGUCUGUGGCUCUGUCUCAUCUCCCACUCCCUUGGUUUAUAGUAAUCAUAUUCCCUUAGGCUUUUCUUUCAGUAUCUUCUACUGCUCCUUCUAUUUAUUCCCCUCUUUGCUUGUUAAUUUAAUAAGUUUUUUAGUGCCUACAAAUGUGUGAAUCAUGUCACCUCCUUUGUGAAGACAGAGGAACACCAAGAUGAAAAUGGCACAGCCCCUGCCAUCAAAUUUCUAAGGAUACAGCAAUGUAUACAUAAACUUACCUACAAUUCUGGAAAAGAACAAACUAAAAUAUGCUAAGUGUCGGGCUUGGGGUAGAGACAAAUUGCUGUAAAAGAAGACCAAAUAUUUGCUUCCAAACUGUGAGGUGAUAGAGAAGACCAAGGAAAUCUCUGCCCACUGGGCCUUAGGUGAUGACAGGACUUGGAGUGACCCAAGUGAGAGGAAGGACACACAGGCAGGAAUAGCAAUGCAGACAAAGCAGCAAGUGAGAGCAGAGACCCAGGACAGAUAUUGAGGGACCAUAUUUGUAAGAGCCCCAAAGGCCAGCCUGAGGGGUGGGGACUUCACGGGAGGGUGAAGGUCUGCAUGCUCCAGAACUGAGAGCUGCCAUUAUCAGGGGUGAAACUUGUAAUGACUGAUGGGUUGAUCUGGGCGCAAUGCUUGACUCUCCUGGUUUUCAGACCUCCCUGGCCUCCAUACUCUGUCCCCUUGUUGCUCUCCUGAGUCAGGCAAUGGGCCCAGUUGUCCAAGAGCAAUGAGGGUUAGACCAAGAAGAGAGAGCCAAAGUGGUGUGAGAUGAUCAUCUGCCUACGCAUUACAGCUAAAGCCACAUUCCCGGAUAUAGAGCACAAACAACCGAAUCUAUCUAAUCUUAGAAAAUUUAGGCCAUUUCAGGACAACAGAAUUUUCUGGAGAAAGUGGAAAUGGAGAUGUCAUGCAGACAGUCAUGACCCGCAAGAUUGUUGUGUAAAUUUUUUUCUGAGCAUGAUCUAUAAAUGCAUUUAUUUUUGGACAUUGUUUACUUAUCUUGUAAAUGCUUUUCAUUUCAAAGCCUAUUUUGAGUAGCAUUUUAAACAAAGUUUCUCUUAUUCGUCUUAGGCCCUGAGAUAAACUUUAUCUUGAGAUAUCUGGUGGGGUGGUGAUGGGGAUCAGAGAGCUGACAUGGGAAAGGAAAGGCGGUUUUGGUAUUGAAAGAAUAAAAUCUUAAGCAAAUAAAUGCCAGUGUCUUUUGUUUCUUAAAAAAAAAAAAAGCAGGUACAAUUUUUCCACAUUUAUGGAUAUUUGUGUAAGGAAAAUGGAAGCGUGAUUUUUUUUAAGAAAAAUCUAAGUUUCAUUCCAAUCAUUCUUUGUAAGGGCUAACUUGUAUUGAAUAUUAAUAAGGCAUUAUGAAUUGACUACAUACUAUCUUGUUCUGGAAAGACUUACAGCAUCUUAGAAAAGUAAAAUACAGACAGAAAACAUUCAGGAUAAAAGAAAAGAGCAAAACAAAUGAAAAGGCAGAGGGGCAAGGCGAAGACCACAGUGUGAGUCAAAAACGUGCAGGUACCUGGGCACCAGGUUCCUAGCUCACAUUCUGCACAAGGAUGUACCCAGGUCACUCAUCACUGCGAAUAAUGUUGCUUAUGGUGAAAAAUAGAUGUCAUGAACUCUGAAUAUACCUUUUCUGUAACACUCUGGGAAAAAAGAUGAUGAACAUAAAUAAAUUUUAGAUAUUAGCUAUUUUUUGUCCUAUAAUGUCCCCUCUCUCCUUCUGUAGCUCCACUUUGCUUAAAUGGCAUCACUAUCCAAGGCCACAAGCCUAAAUGCAUUCUAGAUGUCUUCUUUUCCCUCCCCACUGAAUUUUGUUCAGCACCAAAUUCUUACGGUUCUAGACCCUAAAUGUAUACUUCUGAGUCACUGAAACUUUCGUUCUGGAUGCCAAGUCUCAUCCAUA